CCCACCAUUACGUUCGAAAUAGUUUUAGCUUUACCCCGUGUCGACCGUUGGAUGAAACAAAAUUCAACGGCCAAAAUUGAUGACCGUUUAACGAGUUCUUCGUCUCAUUUGGAACCCAAAGUCUGCGCGCUGAGAGAGAGAGAGAGGGGAGCCCCUCUUCUCACUGUGGUGAAUGCUGAUUUUGAACACCCCCUUUGAGAAGUCGCUUCCAAUUUUGGAUUCCACUUGAGAGUCUUAGAGUUGUUGCUUUUGUGCAAAAUCCGGAAGUGGAGAUGGCAGCGGCCAGGAUUGAUUUUCCCAAACCAGAGGAAUACUUGACUCAGUUGGAGGAAGCGAAGAAGAAAUAUGACCACAUAAAGUACUUGAACAAAAUCAAGAGCUUUUCUUUUUCCAUCCUCUCAGUUUUCAUAUCCACUUUCAGUAAUCUGAAAUUAGCGGAGGAUGGAAGAGAUGAGCAAAGAAUCCAAUCUCAGGCUAAUGGCAUACCCGUCGUUUGGAGACCACCACAAAUGGGCUCAUUGAAGUUAAAUGGAGACGGCUCGUCUAAACGUGGCGGCGUGCGUGCAGGUGGUGGAGGAAUCCUUAGGGAUCACUUUGGGGAAAUGCCCUUGGAUUGUACGGAGAGUCGACAUUCCCUUCUAGGAGAGGUAUACCCCUUCAGCCUUACCAAUGUGCAUAUCUCUCGUGUUUCGCUUUCAUUUUACUGGUGGAACAAUAUCUCUUUCAAGCUCAUCCCAUUUUUGAAGUCGCAUCUCUUUCUCUUUCUUUUAUCUUUGAUCGCUCUAUCUCUCUUAUGUUACAGGGAAGAACCGUUGAAAGAUCUUUCUCUCAAUCUCUACUCUGCAUCAAUCUCUCCCAUCUCACUAGAAUCGUGGAUGCCUAUUGCUAGUGUUUUCCUGCAAAGAAGAUGGCAAUAUGGAUGUCUCACUGAGGUCCUCAUCUUUCAAAUCUCAUUGGACCAACCCAUUAAGCCCUGGCUUUUGGAGGAUGUCUCGAAUGGUGGAUUAACAUUGGAGGCAAUGUCAGCUAAGGCUGUAGAGAAUCUAGCUACGCGUAAGUUGCGAUUAGCAAUACUGCAUACCAUGUCCAUCUUGCUUAUCAGAUAGCUUUGGGUCUGGCCAGUGAACAUUUUAGACCUUCUCUCUUGAGCUGUUGUUGCGCAUUUUGAAUCUUAACACCUCCAACUUCGCACCCAUUUGUAAUGGCAAUGGAAUGGGGAGUAGCAGAGGCUGUUGCUUCAUGAUAGAUAGUGAAAAGAAUAGCCAAACUACCAUCACAUGGGAAGAUUGAAUAUCUCGCAAGCAUAUUGGUGGUUUAGUUACAUGUAUUCAAAAUUUCUUGUAUAGCUUAACACUUCAGUAUAUUUAUUCACUGAUUUACAGAAUGAACUUACUAUAAAUUGGAUAUUAACUCUGUUUACAGUGUAUUAAAGCAUAUAUUAACUGAUUUA